GGUUAGAUUAGUUUCACGUUCGAUGACAGUUUGACAUUUGGAGCGUCGACACAUUUGCAUCAUCUCGCGCGAUAAAAUCUUUAUUCUAUUCCUAAAGAUUUAUAGCGUGACAACUAGCGCAAUGGAAUCAGACGAGAUUGAAGCAGCCUCGAAAUCGGGAAUAAACAUUCGAAAUGACAAGAACACCGUUAUUGACUACGACGAAGACAGAUUGCAUGAGAUGACAGCGUCCUAUUCCGAGAUAUCAUUUGAUUCACAAUCAUCGCCACCUAUUUCGGAAUUAAGAUCGCUCAUUGAUUCUCCAGAUAUCGAGAGUGGAAAGUUUUUGGAUGACAAUCUGGAAAAAAUAAGUGGAACUGGCCACAGACCGGAUCAAUUAAAUUUGAAAAGUAGAGGCGGCAGUCCAACGGAAGAUGACGAUCUGGAUCCGCCGAGUUAUCACAAAGCCAUGGGUUAUUUACAAUUGGAAGGAAGAGUGAUGCAGGAUGGCGAUAUGGUAUUGUUUGUUACAGAGGAUCUAGAGAAUAAGAUCAAAUUAUCCAGUCCUGUAACCAAGAAGGGAGAAACUCCAUCUUUUCCGGGAUCACGAAGCUCGACUCCAUGCUUGUAUAGACAAGCCUUGACUCCGCAAUUGCCACCUCUCGAUCACAAUGUAUUAAAUGAAUUAGAAAUGGAAGCUAGGAAAGUUGCAACCUCUGUAGACGCGUUGACUGAAAAUCUGGCCGCAAUUUUACAAAAUGCAUCAGCUCUUACAGUUGGUUGUUUGGAAACCUACAGAGAUGCUGUAUGUAAAACGUGCGAUGCUGUAGAUCACAAUAUAAAGUCAAUGUAUCAAUUAAUGGCUAAGUGUGAGGAACUAUCUAAGUCGAUGGGACCAAUUUACAAGUUAGCAGAGCAAAUCAAAGAGAUGAAGAGAAUGCUGGAGCUAUUCGAGAGCGCAAUGAAUUUGUAAAGCAACAUAAAAGAGAAAAUCGUCGCAUUUUCUUAAAACUUGUAAUUACGGAGUAUGCAUAGGAAAUGGAGAUUACAUUCUGAUAAAUUAUGAUAAAUUAUGAUUAUUAUGAUUAACAUCUUGUAAUUUAA